AUGCAAGGAAGCGGGCGGCGUAGCACGUCGUGGCCACCCUCGGCUACUCCGCAGACCACAUCGCGCGGGCUUGCACUCGCCGAGAAUACGAAUGAGUGGGGCUUCUUAUCGACUCGUCGGUGGCAAGUGCAAUUGCACGCAGCCACCUCCGGGAUGCCAUCGGUAGUCGGCGAUCCGUACAGGCAACCAGCAAGUGUGGCAACCCGACCUUCUGUGGAUGGCGUACAAUACGGUUUUCUGGCCCCAAUGAGCAAGACAUACAGUGCUGCGCACGCGGAGAGUGGCAGCGUUGGAGGACGUCACAAGCGGCGUCUACCUCCCGUGCUCUCCGAGUCCUCCACAUCGAGCCCGAAAUGUCCUUUGAGAAGGUGCGCUACCGCGAAGACCCUGGAGAGCCUGCGCUCCCCGCAACCGGUGCGGCCGAACGUCGAGGAUGAGUCGGACAAGCGCCUGCGCGACCUGGGGUACAAGAGCGAGUUCCGGCGGGAGAUGAGCUUGUUCGGAGUCUUGGGGAUAUCGUUCUGCGCGGUCGGGAUCUGUCUGGUUUCAUCUUGCACACCCAGAAGUAGAGGCUUCCAAUUGCCGGGCAAGUUUCAAUCAGCGGCUAGAAACGCACCCAACACAACACCACUCACUGUGCACUACGAAUCUAUGCCAGCCACAGCGCCAUGA